AUGCGAGCGGUCACAUCCACACCUGCCCUUUCCGCUUCGUGACGGGAAGAGGUUUCAAAGUGAGCGUCUUCACCUCGUAUUAGCACAGAUAGUGAGCAGGACAGUCUCUGGAUUCGGGCGGUGAAGAGAAAUGGAAAACGGUUCGUUAACCACCGGUGACACAGAGCUGGACCAGGCUGUCAGGCAGUGGCUGCAGUAUGACAAGAAUCCCAAAACAGCAUCUAUGGUGCAGGACAUGGUGAAGGAAGGAGCAGUGGAGGCUUUGAAGAAAUGUUUCUCCUCCAGGAUGGAGUUUGGCACAGCAGGUCUGAGAGCAGCCAUGGGCCCCGGCAUUUCCUGUAUGAAUGACCUCACUAUCAUCCAAACCACACAGGGUUUCUGUCGCUACCUGGAGGACAGUUUUGAGAACCUUAAGGAGCGAGGGGUGGUGAUUGGUUAUGACGCCCGAGCCCACCCUACCAGCGGGGGCAGCAGCAAGCGUUUCGCCAGCCUGGCUGCAGCUGUUUUCAUCAGCCGAGGGGUUCCUGUCCACCUUUUCUCUGACAUCACCCCUACACCGUUUGUGCCUUUCACAGUUUCCCACCUGGGUCUGUGUGCUGGUAUCAUGGUUACAGCCUCUCACAACCCCAAACAAGACAAUGGCUACAAGGUGUACUGGGAGAACGGUGCCCAGAUUGUGUCUCCUCAUGACAAAGGAAUCUCCACGGCCAUAGAGGAGAACCUGGAGCCUUGGCCUGAGUCCUGGAACGCAGAGGACGCCCUGAAGAGUCCCUUGCUUAAAGACCCCUACCAGGACAUCCACACAGAAUAUUUUAAAGCGAUCCAGAAACACUGUCAUCAUAGGGAAAUAAACAAGAGUUCAGAGGUUAAAAUUGUGCAUACAUCUGUGCACGGUGUUGGGCAUGCAUUUGUCCAGUCAGCUUUCAAGGCAUUUGAACUUCACCCUCCAUAUGCCGUGGAGGAGCAGAAAGAUCCAGAUCCUGACUUCCCCACUGUCAAAUAUCCCAAUCCUGAGGAGGGAGAGGGAGUCCUGACAUUGUCAUUUGCACUGGCAGAGAGGGAGGGAGCCACUGUGGUUUUGGCGAAUGAUCCUGAUGCUGAUCGACUGGCGAUUGCUGAGAAGCAGGAGGGUGGACAGUGGCGGGUGUUCAGUGGUAAUGAGUUGGGAGCGUUGCUGGGUUGGUGGAUGUUCCGCUGCUGGAAACAGCAAAACUCUGACACUGGCGCUGUGAAAAGCCUCUACAUGCUGUCGAGCACCGUCUCAUCCAAGAUCCUGCGUGCCAUCGCUCUUAAGGAGGGUUUCCACUUUGAGGAAACAUUAACAGGGUUCAAGUGGAUGGGGAACAGAGCCAGAGACCUUUUGGACCAGGGCAAGACUGUUCUCUUUGCCUUUGAGGAGGCCAUAGGGUAUAUGUGUAGUCCCUCUGUAUUGGACAAGGAUGGAGUGAGUGCUGCAGCCAUAGCAGGAGAGAUGAUUUCCUAUCUGGCCACUAAAAACACCAGCCUUUCCCAACAGCUCACUACCAUCUAUGAAGAGUACGGCUACCACAUCAGCAAGAACUCCUACUUCAUCUGCCACGACCAGGAUGUGAUCCGCAGCUUGUUCGAGCGGCUGCGCAACUACGGUGGUCAGAAGGACUCGUAUCCCACCCAGUGUGGUCGCUUCUCCAUUUCUGCUGUACGAGACCUGACCACCGGGUACGACAGCAACCGACCCGAUAAAAAGGCUGUUCUUCCCACCUCCAGUUCCAGUCAGAUGAUCACUUUUACCUUCUCUAAUGGGGGCGUGGCCACUAUGAGGACCAGCGGCACUGAGCCAAAAAUCAAAUAUUACACUGAACUCUGUGCUGCUCCCGGUAACAGUGAUGUGGCGCACCUGAAGAAGGAACUGGACGACUUGGUUGAUGCUAUCGUUGAAAACUUCUUCGAGCCGCAGAAGAAUAAGUUGCAGCCAAAGCCAGAGUAGCACUGAUCAGACAAAAACAGUCACAAACAAGACAAGAUGUUGCUAAUACCUCUGACCACACAAUGUCUUAAUUAUUCCAGAAGGGAUUCUUGAUUUAAUACAGGCUUCACUUUGCUUUAUAACUGCUGUAAUGACAACUCUGCCACAUUGUUUUUUCCUAGUUGGACCAGCGAUGUCGAUCACUGAUGAAUCUGUCUUUAUUUUAAUAAUCUGCUGUGACAGCCUCUAAUCUCUACUUUGAGUUUAGCCACCCGUCUAUUCUGAGGGUGUAGCUAUGGGUCCAGACCCAGAUCCAUCAGUCAUCAUGCAUCACAGCUACAUGAUGUGGAUUCAGUUCACCACCAUGCUGGAGAUCUUAAACCACAGCUGUAAAAUGUUCAUCACUCUACAGCCACAACCAUUCCUGCUCUCUGGCUGCGUGAUACAGAUCACUGUAUAAUCACUUGUAUUUAACAUCAUGCAUUCCACACUGUGCUUCAGCAUCAACUGCAAGGCUGCUAACAUGAAGAGUUAGAGAGGGGUGGAGGUGAAAAUUGCUGAAAGUGAUAUUGUAACUAUCUUUAAUGGCUGUUGAAUGUGUAAUAAGUUAUAACAUUGAACAUAACAGUAGAAUUGUUUUCAAUAUUUAAAAAAUUUAAAAACCUAUCAUUGUAAUGUUGCUAGUUGGUAAAAUGACCAAGCUUAAAACCUUAGAGCACCACCAAGUGGAGAUGUUGUACAUGAAUUUGUCAGAUGCAUCCACCUCCCAUUACUUGUCACGAGUAGAUGUUAUGACUCAAAGGGACUAUUGACACCAAUAAGUUAAAUGUACAACUAACAACCUCCCCAGUAUUUAAGUGAUGUUUACAGACUACUCCUGAAAUGUAGUAGUGUGAAAUAGCAGCUCACCUCUUCCUAUGUGCCUCAUAUUCCAAAAUACUGUGCUGAAAAGACAAAUUUAAUUCAAUAAAGAACCGGUUUCUAACAGUUGAA